AUGGCGUCCACCACCAGCGACAGCCUCCCCUCCUCACCCUCCAUCCCCACCACCGCCGCGCUCGACGGCGCCGCCGACCAAGAGUUCUCCUCCUCCCACCAGCACCAGCACCACCACCACAGCCUCUUCUUCCCGUCUUCCUCCUCCUCCUCCCCGGCCAGCCUAUACCUCGACUCCUCCUUCCAUGGCCUCCUCCCCACCACAUCCUCUUCCACGGCCAUGUCCUCGUCCCCUUCCCCUCCACCACCGGUGCCGCCACUCCCUCCCGCUCCGGCGGCGCCGGCCACGAAGCCGGCCAAGAAACGCCCGAGGGCCUCCCGACGCCCGCCCACCACGGUGCUCACCACCGACACCUCCAACUUCCGUGCCAUGGUGCAGGAGUUCACCGGCUUCCCGGCGCCGCCCUUCGCCCCCGCGCCGCCCCCCGCCUUCCGCCCGCGCCUCCUCGGUGGCCCGCCGCCGUUCCUCAUGCGCCCCUCGCCUCUCAAGUACCCCGUGCUGCUGCCUCCCGGCGGUCCCAGCACUUGCACCACCGCCACCACCCUAGCCAACGCCACUGCCAGUAACACAAGCUCUCUCGUGGACGCGCUCGCGCUCUUCACCAAGAGCAGCGCGAUGCCAAGCGCCGCCGCCGCGGCCGCAGCAGUUACGGCGGCGACGUCGCCGGGCGGAUCAGGGGUUCCUGAUCAUCAUUACCACCACGGCAUCACCAUGGGAGGGUUCAACCCAUUCGAUGAUUUCGAUGCGCCGCCGGCGGCGGAAGGCGAGAGGGGGAACAUCAGCGGCGGCAGCCAUGGUUUCUUCUCCUCCUUCGCCACCGGGGACAAGUACGGCCGGCACUAG